UAAAUUUAAAGUUCCUCGAGUGAAUUAUUAAAAGGAAGAAAAACGAGCUUAGCAACUUAGCCAUAGAUGGAAGAUUAUUCAUCAUCUUUUUCUUCAGCACUAGCACCGGGGUUAAAGAACUCACAGUCUUUCCAACCAUCGCUUCAUUCGGUACGUAAGCCAAUGGGAAAGCCGUGGAAGAAGCCGGCGGUUUCACCAUUGCAACCGACACCGCUUAAAGUUUACAGGGUCGACCCUGUAAACUUCCGGGGAUUGGUUCAAAAACUCACUGGUGGUGCAACAAUCGUUCCGGCCGACUCCCUCUCUCAACAUCAAACGCCGUCGACUCGUCUUCGAAGAGUUGCACCGCAACCUCCGCCUCUUCAGGUUGCACCACCGCAGCCACUGCAUAUGGUUUCUGGGUUAUAUCAUACGAAGCCACAGAACCAAAAAUUCUGUGAUGAAUCAUCUGAUUCGCUUGGAUUAAACUUGUCACCGUCAUCUUAUAAUUGGUGUUCUUUCCUUAGAUCAUAUGUAUGUUUAGUUUAGGACAAUUUGGAAGUUAAUUCUCUUUAUCGUUCUAGUUUUAGCUUAGAUAGAAAGUAAGAUUAAAAGUUUAAAACUACAUUCUUUUGUUGUACUACUUUGUUUAUUAUACAUUCACGACUU